UGUCGAACAGUUCCUCCCUCUUUCUGACGCGUUUACGCAUCUCAGGCAAACUCUACUUAAUCCGAAUUUGCUAGCAGAACACGAGCAGCCAAUGACAGACAUGCCGAGCCCUGCGACUGCAAGUGCCAAACCUGCUGAGAAUGGAAGCCAGAAGAAGAGGAGGGGCCCUGGGGCCUUGGCAACCGCUUAUCUGGUCAUUUACAAUGUUGUCAUGACAGCAGGGUGGCUAGUUAUAGCAGUUGGGCUGGUGCGCACCUACCUUACCAAGGGCAGUUAUCACAAUCUCUACUACUCCAUAGAGCGGCCUCUCAAGUUCUUCCAGACCGGAGCUUUACUAGAGAUUGGUCACUGUGCAGUGGGAAUUGUGCCUUCAUCUGUGGUGCUGACUGCUUUCCAGGUGAUGUCGAGGGUUUUCCUGACGUGGGCAGUGACGCACAGUGUGAGAGAGGUGCAGAAUGAAGACUCUGUGUUGCUGUUUGUUGUCGCCUGGACAAUCACAGAGAUUAUCAGAUAUUCCUUCUAUACCUUCAGCCUCCUCAACCACCUGCCUUAUAUCAUCAAGUGGGCCAGGUACACACUGUUUAUUGUUCUCUACCCCAUGGGGGUAACAGGGGAGCUGCUGACCAUCUACGCUGCACUACCAACAGUGAAGAAGACGGGUCUUUACUCCAUUAGCCUUCCCAACAAAUACAACUUCUCCUUUGAUUACUACACCUUCCUCAUCCUCGUCAUGGUCUCCUACAUUCCCAUCUUUCCCCAGCUCUAUUUCCACAUGUUCCACCAGAGAAGAAAAGUCAUUGUGGCGGAGCACAAGAAAUCAGAUUAAUCUGCAGCCUAGAACCUGCUCCCCCCCCCCCCAUACACACACAUACAUCUUUUUUCAGCUCCCAAUUUGUUCUCUUUUUCCCUCUGACCUUCAGAGACUCAAAUGCUGCAAUCAGUGAGUGGCCGGUGCCACACGAGAGUAAGUGGAUCAGGUAAUGCUGGUGCAGGAAUGGACUAUACUGGUUCUCUCACAGCAUGCACAUUGGACAGACCCUGCUCCUUCUCUGAGCUCUUGGCUCCUUCUGCCUUUUGUACCCGUCAGUGUUUUGCACCCAGCAUUGAGUGGCUGAACUCUGGCUACUCUGUACAACCUCAAUGCGAAGCUUGUGUGGGGUCUGGGGCAUGGGGACCUUGGGUUGUGCCCCUUGUGAUUGCCAUGGGGGUUUAAUACAACAGUGGCUCCUCCCUCUAUAAGAGACAUGAGAUUGGGCAAAAGGCUGCAGCUGGUACUGCAUGUGCAUUAACCCUGCCUGGGAGGUAGGUCAUGCAAUGAGUGCUGUGCUCGUAUACCUUUAACUUUUUAAUGGUCCGCGUCAUUGAGAGAAAUGGUGAUUAAACCAGGUUCCUGGUUCUCAGUCUCUGCAGCCAGUUGUAUGAGUCCUUCAGCCCAUGUCUGGCCCAGGGUUUAGAGGGGAACUGGCACUGUAAUACAAACACCCUAAACUGUCUUUAGUAAAUGUAUAUUAUUGGUCCCAGUGCUCAGCAGCAGGAUAAAUGUUAGACCGUGUCCGUACACAAACAGUUAGGACUACAUGGCUUAAUUAAAAGAACAGAAACAUCAAAGGAAUUCAAAUAUAAUGUACUGUUGCCCUCCACUGGUAAAGUGAUUGGCUGAGUACAGAAGAACAUGGCGGCUUCACUUGUCUCUAUAGUAACAUCACUGGAACUCACUGUGCCUGAUCCCUCAGUAACACUGCUCAUGGCGGGAUCCUUUAUAUACUUAUUAAUACUCUUAUGCUCUGACGUACCUCACUUACCUAGUGUGACCUGCAUGGGUUGGCACCUUCAGGUACUCUUUCUCUGGGCCCAUUCAACGUGCUGAUUCGAUAAGCAGAGGUUUGUUCUUUUGCUCUGUGCAUGGUUUGAUACUGGCAGUAACAGCAUGUGUCUUAUCUGCCCACGUCUCCUAUCAUUAAUGUUUAUAUCCCCCCUCCCCAUGUAUGGGCCGGUCUUCUUAUUAUUGAAGGGAACCAGUCACCCCAAAAUUGCCCCCCCACCAGAUGUGCAAACUAAUAGAGCCUGCACUCUAGAUGGGGGAAAUAUUUUUUUUAGAUGCCCCUCUUAUAUGACAUAAACAUGGGUUGGCCUAAGUCACACCUGUACUCUAUUGGCUGCUAAAUGGAUUUAUACUGAGCCACUCUUCAUUGUAAUUUCAUUAAAAUGUCGGUUAUGGGCAGAAAGAGCAGUUUGCACUUGUUUCCACCAGGAAUGGGACCACCCAUGAGUUUCUCAGGUUAUUAUAACAUCAUUUUUAUGUGGGCUGGAAAUAUGUGGUUUUGGUUACUAUGUCCCACUAUUUAAAAUGCUGGCAGGGCCCCUCUUUAUACGAAGAAAAAUCUAAUGAAGAAUCUGCUGUUUGUGCAUGUGGCCUAAUUAACAUAAUGAAUUGAUAUUUCAGUUACUAAUUGGGUUCUGUCCCUAUUUGUGUUUGAUGGGAACAAAUUGCUUGUGUUCAUGCAUCUCUCAGAAUGGCUUGUAAAGGGCAAAUAAAGGAUUUUAUGAGUAGAA